AGAGAGCGUUGUGGGUAUAUCAUAGAGAAAUUAAGGAUUUUUUUGUAUAUUGGGAACAUUAUCUUUUAGUCGGGGAAAACAGACAAGCUUUAUGCUAUCGUGCACAGUAGAGAUAAUACAAAACAAACACAAACAAAUUGAGAAUUUACGAAGUGUUGAAGUCAGAAAUGGAAACAUACUCAAAAAUUUUCCUUGAUGAAAAUAAUCAUCACAGAGUAAAGAUGGAAAUGGGAGAAGCUGAUGAUAGCUAUGAAAAAGGAAACUCAUUGGACUUGGAUUUUCAGUACACGAUUGAAGAUAAAAAGAACGAAAUCAUGGAUAUUGUUCAGCAUUACACUGAUGAGAAUGGAAUGAGAUCGUCUCUUGAAUAUGAAAGAGGACAAUUUGCUUUCAACCAGAAAAGCAAUGUCGGUGGGCAUAUAGAUGCUGUCCAUUUGAAUAAAAGUGAGCAUAAUUGUCUCUUAUGUGAGUUUACAGCCAAUCGGAAAAUUAACCUCAAAAUGCAUAUAGAUUCUGUACAUUUGAAUAAAAAAGAACAUAAAUGUCACUUAUGUGAGUUUGCAGCCAAUUGGAAACAUGCCCUCAGAAGGCAUAUAGAUUCUGUCCAUUUGAAUGAAAAAAAACAUAAAUGUCACUUAUGUGAGUUUGCAGCCAAUCAGAAAAUUAACCUCAAAAAGCAUAUAGGUUCUGUCCAUUUGAAUAAAAAAGAACAUAAAUGUCCCUUAUGUGAGUUUGCAGCCAAUUGGAAACAAGUCCUCAAAAGGCAUAUAGAUUCUGUCCAUUUGAAUAAAAAAGAAUAUAAAUGUCACUUAUGUGAGUAUGCAGCCAAUCUGAAACAUGUCCUCAAAUCGCAUAUAGAUUCUGUCCAUUUGAAUAAAAAAGAACAUAAAUGUCACUUAUGUGAUUAUGCAGCCAAUCAAAAAUAUUUUCUCAAAAAGCAUAUAGAUUCUGUCCAUUUGAAUAAAAAAGAACAUAAACGUCACUUAUGUGAUUAUGCAGUCACCCAGAAAGUUGAUAUCAAAAUUCAUAUGGAUUCUGUCCAUUUGAAUAAAAAUGAACAUAAAUGUCACUUAUGUGAUUAUGCAGCCAAUCGGAAAUAUACCCUCAAAAUGCAUAUAGAUUCUGUACAUUUGAAUAAAAAAGAACAUAAAUGUCACUUAUGUGAGUUUGCAGCCAAUCAAAAAAAUGACCUCAAAAAGCAUAUAGAUUCUGUCCAUUUGAAUAAAAAAGAACAUAAAUGUCACUUAUGUGAUUAUGCAGCCAAUCUAAAACAAGAACUCAGAAGGCAUAUAGAUUCUGUCCAUUUGAAUAAAAAAGAACAUAAAUGUCACUUAUGUGAUUAUGCAGCCAAUCUAAAACAAGAACUUAGAAGGCAUAUAGAUUUUGUCCAUUUGAAUAAAAAAGAACAUAAAUGUCACUUAUGUGAUUAUGCAGCCAAUCAAAAAAAUGACCUCAAAAAGCAUAUAGAUUCUGUCCAUUUGAAUAAAAAAGAACAUAAAUGUCACUUAUGUGAUUAUUCAGCCAAUCUAAAACAAGAACUCAGAAGGCAUAUAGAUUCUGUCCAUUUGAAUAAAAAAAAACAUAAAUGUCACUUAUGUGAGUUUGCAGCCAAUCGGAAAUAUGUCCUCAAAAGGCAUAUAGAUUCUGUCCAUUUGAAUAAAAAAGAAUAUAAAUGUCACUUAUGUGAGUAUGCAACCAAUCUGAAACAUCAGCUCAAAACGCAUAUAGAUUCUGUCCAUUUGAAUAAAAAAAAAACAUAAAUAACACCUAUGUGAUUAUGCAGCCAGCCAGAAAGUUUAUCUCAAAAUUCAUAUGGAUUCUGUGCAUUUGAAUAAAAGAUAACAUAAAUGUCACUUAUGUGAUUAUGCAGCCAAGCAUAAGUUUCACCUCAAAAGGCAUAUAGAUUCUAACCAUUUGAAUUAAAAAGAACAUAAAUGUGACUUACAUAAGUAUGCAGCCAAUCAGAAAAAUAACCUCAAAAAGCAUGAAGAAUCAGGAAAAGAACCUCGAAAAGCAUAUAGAUUCUGUCUAUUUGAACAUAAAAGGAAUUACUUAUGUGAUUAUGCAGCCAACUGGAAAGUUUACCUCAAAAUUAAUAUGGUUUCUGUUCAUUUGAAUGAAAAAGAAUAUAAAUGUCACUGUCAGUAUGUUCAAAGCGUUUAAGAAUUUCUUAAAAGACAUAUGAGUUAGCCUAUGCAACUUAUAAUAAGUUGCAUCAGUAAGAUGAUAAAGUGAGGUAGGAAAACAACAAACCCGCAAAAUUGACAAAUAGAGGUGCAGUAAACAUUCCAGUGGCGUGGUUAAUUGUUUCUUAGUAAGGAUUAAUAUUACAAAAUCGAUAUUUAACUUGAAUAUAGAAUAUAAAUGAAUUAUUAUAUUUCAAAAUGAAAACUAUCAAUGGAGCGGAGACCAUAUGUCUACAACAAAGAGGGUAUUGCGAACAACUGAAAUGAAGAUCCUAAGAACAAUAACGAGAUACAAACUGGCGGACAGACAGAAAAAUUAUAUUAUAAGAGAGAAGUGCCAAGUGGACGAUGUGGUCAGAUGGAACCAGCAUGUGGACAGAAUGGCAAAGAUCACCAGGGACAACAAACCCCUCGGAAGAAGACCCAUUAGAUGACCACCAAAGCAAUAGUGAGAUAGCUGGCAAUCCACGUCACAGGAAAUAUAGACUAGAGGAAGCAGGCGGUAUGUCUUCUCAAGAAGAAAAUGAAAACAAGCUAGUUUCAUCAUUUUUUUAAGAAAUAAUUUCCAUUUUAUGAGUUAUUUUAGUAGAUUUCUUAUGUAAACAAUAUACAGUAAAUAAACUCUCGCAAAAUACAA